AUGACAAGUAGUUCAAACUCUCCAGAUUCUCACUUGCCCUCAAAAACAAGAAAUUCUAAAAUAGAUUACAACUACUUGAAGGAAUUGAAUGAGGAUUUAAAACUAAGAAAACUGGAACUACUAGAGAUGCUAAAACCUAUUGAAGAUAAGAACAACCUCUUAUUCCAGAAGUUAAUGUCCAACUUGGAGGAAAAACAACGAAGUCUGCAGAUUAUGAGACAGAUCAUGGCAGGAAAGGGGAGUGAAGAAUCCUCAGCCAUGGAGCUCAUUAAGGAAGCAGAGGAGAUGAAACAGAAUCUGGAAAGGAAAAACAAGAUGCUUCGGAAGGAAAUGGAGAUGCUAUGGAACAAGACAUUCAACACAGAAGAACUCAGUGAUCAACAAAAAGCACCACAGAUAAAAAACAAAGCAAACUUGCAGGAUGGAAAGGCUCCUGAAAGCCCCUCUUCACCUAGGAAGACUAAGAAUGAAUUGGAGACAUCCUUUGCAGAGAAAGUGAAGGAGAUAAGGAAGGAAAAGCAACAGAGGAAAAUAGAAUGGGUCAGGUAUCAGGAACAAGCCAACAACCUUCAGAAUGACUUUAAUGGAAACGUGAUUGAGUUCAGAAUUGAAGCUUUGAAGAACUACCAGCAGGCCAAUGACCUGAAGUUAUCACUAUACUUACAGCAGAAUUUUGAGCCAAAGCAAGCAUUUAAAAAUCUACCUGGGUCCCAAGAGGGUACUGUGGGCACUACAACUAUGGGCAAAAAAGAACCUAAUGUGAGAAUCCUGGUAUUAAAGACCUACAUAGAACAACAAGGAACUAAAGGAAGUCAGCUUGAUGAUAUAGGAUGGAGGCUCUUUUUUCUGAGGUCACUGCCAGAUGAAUCUCUGAAGAAUUCAAAGUCUUUCACUCCAUUUGCUUGGACAGAUUUAAAGACUAGGCAUACAGAUUUAAAGACUAGGCAUAGCCAUCUGUCAGAGACCGUGGCCAUGAAGCCACAAAACCACGGACAGCAGCAGGAAGAGAAGCCAGGUGUCUACAGUCAAGAUGCUCUGCUGCAGACUCCUAAGCUUGUGAAGAUCGCCCUGUAA